GCAACUUGAUACGAAAAAUUCUUCACAAUUGAAAAAGUCUCAAAUCGAUCGUAGGCCGCGAGGGUUAUUUCAUAUGGAUCUACCCCACAUCAACUCUGCAGGAAGAACUGAUUCCUCUAUCUCCCGAUGCCGGCUUAGAGAAUCUCACGGCCGAAACUUCGCGGCCGAGUUUGUAGUGCUGACUACACGAGAGGUGGGGUUACAACAAGGGAGUUGCAUACAGCAAAAGUCAUGAUUGGUUGACGUGGUGGCGAAGCCUAACUGCUAACGCAUCCUCCAAUCCCGGCCGUCGCAUCCCUAGACGGCUUCCGUUGCUGACUAUUAGAUGGGGUCCUAACAUAGGUCCUAAUCUAAUAAAGAAAUGCUACUAGUCAGACGCCAUGUCCCGGGAGCUGAGGCUAUAUUCGCAUCCUCAUGCAAGUAGGAAUAAAUAGGAGUAGAAUGAGGUAAGCAUCUAGACCGGCUGAAGCCACCGAUUGGUUUGCCUACUACAGUUGCGUGCCUUUUUUUCAUGGGACCCUUAUCAAAUGCGGUCCUAACGGUUAGUAUGGUCACAAUCCUAUACAUAUCCAUGUCAGAUCCGUAGCAGGAUGCUUAUAGAUACUCCGACAUAAUAUAAGGCGGUAGGACAACUUGUGCUCUCUUCUAAAGAAUCUACGGACUUUGCUUUUCAACUAACCCACUGUUCAACACUUACACGGAGAAAAGAAAAUGAGUACUACCAUGGUCACAGAAACUAGCUCUACGGGCUUGGGCUCGGGUAUCUACACACAGUCUAUCCUCAACUACCUAUACCAGCGCUUAGUUUUGGAAUUCAAUGUCCCUUACGUGUGGGGCUGCCCAUGCGAUGUAUUACUCAACCUUUUUGCCGAACAUUUCUCUCAGAACCAUCUAGACUGCGGUGUCGCCACGGGUUACUUUCCCGCAACCGUCCUACAACGUACUAGCCAAGCCAAUACGCAACGCCAAGUUACCUUGUUGGAUCUCAACCCCAACUGCCUGGAGGCAGCUAAGGCAGCUAUACAGGCAGAGGCGCCUCAAGUUCCGGUUUACACUGUCGAGGCGGACAUAAAAGCACCCGUACCAGCUGCGUUAAAGGGCAAGAAGUUCGAUACGAUAUCCAUGUUCAACUUAUUCCAUUGCGUACCCGGGGGGGCGAGCAAGUUCCAAGCACUCGCCACCUACAAGGACGUUCUUGCGGAUGACGGUGUGUUCAUAGGAUGUACGGUGCUGGGCGAAAAACACACUACCGGCUGGUUUUCUCGGAAUUACCUCAGCCUCUACAACUGGGUCGGCGUGUUCAAUAACUGGGAUGACAAGGCGGAGGAUAUCGAGAGCGUACUUCGAUCAGCAUACAAGGAGGUUGAUACUUGGAAGGUUGGAAUGAUCCUCAUGUGGAGGGUAAAGGGUCCUAAGAAGGCCUAAGUACCUAACAUAUCUAAUAUUCAUAACACCGCAUUUAUGGGGACAUGAGCUGUUCAUGGGGAUGGGUCCGUUAGGAGUUUGGUUGGCUACCUAUCUUUUGUACCACAGCAAGCAGUUUUCUCUUCAUGGGUUAAACAUAGGAUAGAAUUGGAUAACUUGGAGAAAAAAUACCUCAAUACAUCUGAUUAAACUACAA